UUGACAUUGUUCAGAGUGAAUUAACAACAAAUCCCAAGAAAAGAAUUUGGGUUAGAAAAUGGCUGGCAAGGAGAAGCACGCAUGGUGCAUCUAACAUGCUUUUAAAGGAACUUGCCAUCGAAGACGUUCAAGAAUACAGAAACUGUAUGAGAAUGUCUCCUGCUUCCUUUGACGUUCUUCUGAAAAAAAUAUCGCCAGCUAUACAGCGAUCUGACACCACAAUGAGAAUGGCUUUACCUGCCAGAACAAAAUUAGAAAUUACUCUGUCAUAUUUAGCUACUGGAAAUAGUUACCGAAAUUUGCAGCAGCAAUUCCGUGUUUCCCGGCCUGCAAUUUCCAAGUUUAUUCCAGAAGUAUGCGAUGCCAUAUACGAUGCAUUGGAGGAUUUUAUACAGGUACCAAAAAGUAACAAAGAAUGGAAAGCUAUCGAAAGUGAUUUCAACCAUAGAUGGAAUUUUCCAGGAUGUUAUGGUGCCAUUGAUGGAAAACACAUACUUAUUCGAGCUCCUGAGAAUUGUGGCAGUAACUUUUUCAACUAUAAGGGACAAAACAGUAUUAUUUUGAUGGCAAUUGUAGACGGAAAUUACAAUUUUAUAUACAUUGAUGUUGGCUACAAUGGAAGAGCCUCAGAUGGAGGAGUUUUUGCGCAGUGUUCUAUUUUUGCUGCUUUAGAAAACAAUAUAUUACCGGAUGGUGGAUUUCUUAUUGGAGACGACGCUUUUCCCUGCGUGGAACGCAUCCCAGUCAUUGGCAAGCUUAGUGCGCUCAGCCCUGCGAAGGAGCCGACGCGUAUUGUCACGGUGCUUUUCCGUGUUCUUGUUCCACCAGGCAUUCUUGGCAUUGGCGGGUCUCCGUCUGAGGGGACAGCUGCCCUCGACUGCCGCGACUAUCGUACGAGUCAGGUUGACAGUCCCGAUCUCUGUGUCGGCCGGAAGUGUGUACCUUGCCGGCAUGUCCGUAAGACCACCGACUAG